AAGGAGGCGGCGCGGGAGCGGCGCGAGCAGCGCCGCCGCGAGGUCACCCUCCUCCGCGCCCUCCCCUACGAGCCCCACCAGAGGUGGUGGGAUCGACUGGAGCCGCGGGCCGUGGCGGUGGUCACGGGCGCCAACCGUGGGAUAGGGUUCGAGGCCGCCCGCCAGCUCGCCCUCCACGGCCUCCACGUCGUGCUCACCUCCCGCGACGCCGCCAAGGGCCAGGACGCGGCCGAGAGGAUUCGUGGGGAGGCUCCCGACGAGGCGUGCGUGAGCGUGGAGUGGCGGCAGCUCGACGUAGCGGACGCCGCGUCGGUGGAGGCCUUCGCAACCUGGGCUCUGGAAACCCACGGCGGCAUCCAUGUCCUUGUUAACAAUGCAGGUGUAAACUUCAACAAAGGACCAGACAAUUCUGUCGAGUUCGCUGAACAAGUCAUUGAGACAAAUUAUUAUGGAACGAAAAGGAUGAUUGAUGCCAUGAUACCACUAAUGAAACCCUCUCCUUAUGGUGCUCGGAUAGUGAAUGUCAGCUCAAGGCUUGGUAGAGUCAAUGGCAGACGAAAUAGAAUUGGUGAUGCCAGCCUAAGAGAUCAGCUAUUGAAUGAUGAUUGUUUAUCAGAACAGUUAAUUGAUGAGAUGAUCAAGAAAUUUCUGGAGCAAGUAAGGCAAGGUACUUGGUCCUCCGAUCAGUGGCCUCAGAUGUACACUGACUAUUCAGUCUUGAAGCUUGCUGUUAAUGCUUAUACACGACUCAUGUCAAGGAGGCUCUCGGAUCGGCCUGACGGCCAAAAGAUCUACAUGAACUGUUUCUGCCCAGGCUGGGUAAAAACUGCCAUGACUGGCUGGGAAGGGAAUAUUUCUGCUGAAGAAGGUGCUGAUACAGGAGUAUGGCUGGCCUUAUUACCCUGUGAACAAGGUACAAAUGGGAAGUUCUUUGCCGAGAGACGUGAGAUAAGCUUCUAAGGUGACUACCUUAUUCAUAUUCUUGCUUCCAGGUGCAAGUAGGAAACUUUAGGACAAAAGAUCUUUCAACCUAUACUUGCAAAACUGCUUUGAUUGCUGUUCACUUACUGGUAUGUGGAACUAUUAAGGUUUAUGAGCUAUAAUAGCUACAGAUAGAAGUUACCAAGCAAGAUUGUGGAGAGUGCUCUUUGACUGUAGUGCUGUAACUGCUUUGCUUAUCAAAAUGGUUUCUUUGACGGUUUCUAAUUUGGUACCAUUCCUGUGUAAUCA